CGGCGCUCCGGCUUGGCUGGACGAGGUCCUGAGCCCUCAUUCGCGCCCGACGAGGCUCCGGAGCGGAUGGCGCUGCUGCCGCGCUGCUGAGGCAAAGGACGAGCCCGCCCGCCCGCCGGCCGCGCAAUGGUGACCAUGGUGCCCGGGCUGCUGCCUCUGCCCCGCCUAUGGGCCUGAUCGGCCGCCGCCUGCUCUUCCUCCCCGAUGCCCCCAGCGCCCUCGCCUCGCCACCGGGGCGACGGAGGCUCCUCUGGCCGCCGCUGCUGCUCUUCGCCAUGCUCGCCCUCUGGCUCUGCAUGGUCUACUCCUGCGCCGCCGCCACCACGGGCUCCUGCGCCCCCGCCGCCUCUUCCUCCGCCGCCUCGUCGCCGCACCCCAAGCUGCUCCUGCUCCGGACCAAGAACCCGCCGCCGCCGCCGCUGAGCCCCGGCGACGAGGAGGACGAGGAGGGCGGCGAGGAGGAGGAGGGCAUCCUGGACGGCGCCGGUCCCGGGCCCUCCUCCUCCGCCCUCUCCAGCUUCCUCAACGGCUCCGGGACUAAGCGGCUGCCGCAGGCCGUGAUCAUCGGGGUGAAGAAAGGCGGGACGCGGGCGCUGCUCGAGUUCCUCCGGGUCCACCCCGACGUGCGCGCCGUGGGCGCCGAGCCCCACUUCUUCGACCGCAACUACGAGCGCGGACUCGCCUGGUACAGGGAGCUGAUGCCACGAACUCUUGAUGGGCAGAUCACCAUGGAGAAAACACCCAGCUAUUUUGUCACAAAGGAAGCACCCGCUCGCAUCUCUGCCAUGUCCAAGGACACCAAGCUCAUUGUGGUGGUGAGAGAUCCCGUUACCAGAGCCAUUUCUGACUACACGCAGACACUGUCCAAGAAACCCGACAUCCCCACCUUUGAGAGCCUGACCUUCAAAAACAGGACUACAGGCCUUAUUGAUACCUCCUGGAGUGCCAUCCAAAUUGGCAUUUAUGCCAAGCACCUGGAAAAUUGGCUCCUAUAUUUCCCCAUUGGGCAAAUCCUUUUUGUCAGUGGGGAGAGACUGAUCAGUGACCCAGCUGGUGAGUUGGGUCGCGUCCAAGACUUCCUGGGUCUCAAGAGGAUCAUCACGGACAAACACUUCUACUUCAACAAGACCAAGGGUUUCCCUUGCUUGAAGAAAGCUGAAGGCAGCAGCAAGCCCCACUGCCUGGGCAAAACGAAAGGGCGGACCCACCCCAGCAUCGACCAGAAGGUGGUCCAGCGGCUGAGGGAGUUCUAUAGGCCCUUCAACAUGAAGUUCUACCAGAUGACGGGACAUGACUUUGGCUGGGAUUGAUUGCUAAUGCAGAAGCAUGUGUCAGAGUUAAUCCCACCACCCAGCUUGCUUCUCCCUAUAUCUGUAGAUAGGUCUAUAUGUAAAAUGUACAGAAAUCUAUUUUAUAAUAAUUUAUUUUUAAUUCAUAAGCAAUUAAUUCACUAAGCUGCCUAACCACACUAUAGUCCAUAGCUGUGUUUUGUUUUGUUUUUAACAUUCCACAGUGUUAUUCUAUAUUCUAGCUCCUUUGGUUGCCUGGUUUGUUUUGUAGUGGAAAGUGCUUCCCAGGAGACAUUUUGGAUCGUAAAAGGGGAGAAAAGCAGAUGGAUGAGGGAGAAUUGAGAAAAGCACAAUCUUUUUUUCCUUUCUGAUACGGGUACUAGGCAUGUAUAAUAGUUUUGUGCAAGGCCCUUCAAGCCGCAUCUCCUGUCUCUUUGUAGAUCAAGCCAUUUGUAAUUCAAUUUUUGUUGAUUAUGAAUCACAGAUUUUGCAAAUGGUUUUAUGAAUUCAGGCCUGGAGCCUGCCUUUUAGGCCAUAAUAUAAAAUUUGCUACUCUCCAGCCAUAUUGCUGCUAUUUGUUUCCAGGUCCAUUGGCUUUGGUGUAUAUAGAGGUCUCCCUUGUUCCUUAUAGAGCGGGUGUAGGUCACAGAUGUUCUUGGAUCGCAGCUCCCAUCAGCUACAGCUAGCACAGUCAAUGGUAAGACAAAGUUUGGAAGGAAUAAAUUACAACUGCCAUGGUUAUUGGUAAUAGGUUCCUUUGGGUGCAUGUGUGUUGGUUUAACAAGGGCCUAAGGCAAUUAUAUUUUUAAAAUAACAUAAAAAGUGGGAAGAAAGUUGCUUUCCUGGUUCAAUGAGUAGCAUUUUUUACUAUAAGAUAUGUCUUUUUAAUGAGAGGAGACAUGAUAGCCAUGUAUAAAUAUGUGAGGGGAAGUCAUAGGGAGGAAGGAGCAGGCUUGUUUUCUGCUGCCCUGCAGACUAGGACACGAAACAAUGGCUUCAAACUGCAGGAAAGAAAGGAGAUUCCACCUGAACAUUAGGAAGAACUUCCUCACUGUGAGAGCUGUUCAGCAGUGGAACUCUCUGCCCCGGAGGGUGGUGGAGGCUCCUUCUCUGGAGGCUUUUAAGCAGAGGCUGGAUGGCCAUCUGUCAGGGGUGCUUUGAAUGUCAUCUUCCUGCUUCUGGAAAGGAGUUGGACCGUAAUGGCCUGUGACGUCUCUUCCAACUCUAUGAUUCUAUUAUGCUAUGAUUCUAUAACACUUUAGAGACAUUUUGACAUGAUAAUCACCUGAUUUCUUAAAAAGGAACAGGGAUUUAAAAAAUGACAAGAGGUACAACAAGCAACAUACUAUGUUCUUUCUUAUCUAUUACAACAGGUAGAAUUCAUGUAUAGUAUUUAUUAUGGCCAAAAACCUGUCCAUAAAAAAAACAGAAGUUGCAAGCAAAAAAAAAAGGGGGGGGGGGAAGAGGGGGGGAAAGUAUACCGUGUCAUAUAAAACUUAGGUAAUGUAAUAAUAAUAAUAACUUUAUUUUUGUAUACCGCCUCUAUCUCCCCCAACGGGGACUCGGAGCGGCUCACAUGGGAACCAGGCCCAAUGAAUACAUUUAACAUCAUAGAGUCAUCAAUUAUACAGCAACAUCAUAAUAAAAACAAUUUAAACAGGUCAUGAUUAAAAAAAUAAUUAAAACACAAAAUAAUUAACAGUCAACAGAAAUACUUCAGAAAAUAUCAACAUUUAAUUAUUUUAAGCAGUCUUAGUAACAAAUAAUUCUGGAAAGUAACUUUCCGAGCUGUAGGUGAGAAAAAAAAAGGGAUUUGGUGUCCAAGAACUUCUGGAAACCUAUACCUUAUCCAAUCUUGUUCUAGCUACUAGCUAGAAUUAGAUGAUUUGGAUGUCUAUAGUAUCCCUUCUCUUUUUAAAGCAGAUUCCCUGGGCUGAGAACUAUGCAUGUUUUGUCCAGUUUUAACUCUUUCAUAUUGAAAAAAGGGAAAUGACUAACUGGAACAAAUCAAAUUGCGCAUAUUUUUUCCAGGGUUUUUUUUGGAGCUAGAGUCUCAAGCGAUGUUGUCCGAACCUGCAGAAUAUAUCCCUCUGUUGCCUCUAAUUUCAGCAAACACUAAUGUUAUUAGAUGAGAAAAGCCAGUGUACAUGGCACAUUUUUGCAGUUUGGUUUGAUAGUGCCUCUUUCACACAUAUAGUUCCCAACAAAUAAUUUUGAACUAAAGUCCAAAGCAAAGCACUGCAAAUUAAUCCUUGGAGCUGAGCUGAAAAGUUUUUCUUUGGCAAAGUAUAUAGAAUCAUAUAUGCAAGUGUCCAUGUGAAACCUAUUAGGAAGGGCAGUAGAAAUGAAGUUGUGCCACCUAUCUGAAUCUCACCAAAGAAUUUCACAACCUGCAAUGGGGGAUUACUGCCAGUGCAGCCAUUUCAUAACAGACUGGGAUGGUUGAUUGUGUCUGGUUAAUGCUGGGUGAAUUGAAGCAGAUCUGCGUCUCAUCAUUUUGUAGUGAAACAUCACAGGCAAGUCCAAGGACAUGCCCUAGAGAGUCAUGGCAAAUUCUUAGAAAACAGAAUUCCUAGCAAACAGGCAUGAAUUGAACAACCUGACUGGAGCCUAGAAAAUUAUUUAACAAUAAUCAGAUGCUGAAAGCUAUUAUAAUUCAGUAGUUGUUGGAUGAAGGUCUAAAUCCAAGAAAAAACCCCCCACCAUUCUACAACAGCUCACUUCUUUAAGUUUCCUGUUGUAUCUCUUCUUCAAAAUAAUUUUCUGUGCUCUGUCUGGGCAAAAUGGCAAAUUUGUCCAGAGAGAUAGUUUCCCCUAGUGACUCAGGGCCUAUACUGACUAGAAACCAGGAAUUUGCCAGAAAUCACUCCUGGGUAUCCACAUGAUGUUUAGAAGCUUUGAGCAAAACGCCUUUGCAAAAAUUGGGGAAUGCUUUGGAGUUUCCCAAAAACUCCAGAGUAUCUCUACACUUAGAGCUUCUCAAAGAGCAUGCUGAGGGAUGAUCUAUAUGGUCACCUAUAUCAAGGGAAGCCAUUUGAGGAAUUGUGACUUAGAUCUUACAUAGACAAAAAAGAGUGCAUCAUGCUUCACCCAGGUCAAUCCAUAUCUUCUUUGGCAGUUGUCAAGCCGCAUGAGAAGCUGUUGCUGCUUACUGGUAGGGAGGGAAAGGAGGAAGAGGCAAGUCAGCCAAGGUACAUUUGCAUCUGAAGCAUGUCCUUCCUUUUCUUAUUUUUAGAGCCUAAUCUAGCUGCUCACGAAUGGCCACUCUACUCUUCUCUGAUAAGAGUAAGCAGCAGUCCUUUCCAGGGCUUGACAGCUAAGCCUUCAUCUAUAUGCACGUUGCAGAUGGGGAGCAAAGAUUGCCCACUUUUGUCUGCUUGGUAUUAAAAAUGCACCCUCCAGUUUGACUGUCUUUGGACCUAUGAUUACCCAAAGUAAGAAAUUAGGAAACAAGCAGUUUGAGCCAUACACUUUCCUACAGGCCAAUAUACAGCAUGUGACAUUGUUUCUCACCAUAUUCUCAGGCACCAUUUGGAUUCUACUUUACUUAUUCAAUGAACAUGUUCCUGUUUGGUGCCAUGCAAUGGUAUUUCCUUGAAAAAUCUGUUGGUUUGCUAUUUCUCAUUUGGUCUAUGUCUCCCCCUGCCACACCAUACAUUUCCUUUGGAAAGCCUUUCCCUUUGUUUUGCUUGUUGCACUUCAGAACUUUGUGCUUGGAUCUAUUUAUUUCUCCUCUGAGCAGAUGUGUAUCCAGAUGCCUUUCUCAACCGCACAGUUCACAUUUUCUUUAUAAAAUAGGCCCUGUAUCUACAAGGGCCUCUGAAUGGUUUUUGUGAAAUAAAAGUAAUAGUAUGCUAUUAACCCACUGUUAAAAUAUUUUAAGUAAACUGCUAAUCCUGCUUGAGUGGCCCAUACAAGGGAAACUUUAUGAAGCAAAUUAAUUUUUUAAAAAGCCUUACCUAAACAUUAUGAUAACCAGUAUGGCCACCAUACUGUACUGUACCGUAUGGCACUUGAACUGCUGACAUGAGCCUAAAGACAAUGUCAUCACCAUUUUUUUUCCAAGAACGUACACAAUCAAAACUCAUAGGUGUGGUUAGAACUUUUUUAUGUUGUAACAUUAAUUUAUGGCUGAGUUCCAUUCAGCAGUGCAGUAUGUUCAGGUAUUAGCAAUUUUUUUGUGUUUGUUGUAACAUGGUACAUCUUAGACUAGUAUACUUGUAAAGGAAAAAUGGCAAGCAAAAACUGUAAAUUGAUUAUUUUGUGGUAUGUACAACACAAAUUAAUUUUACACAGAGGUUUCUAGGAAAAUGGAAUUCUGAUUCAUACUAUUUCUUUGGAGAAAUAAAAUAUAUUUUACCAAA